ACGAGAGCUCGCCCGUGUUCGUUCCAGCUGACCGCCGUAAGAGCCGCGGUCUCGAGCGCUCCGGAGCGCACGCGAUGGAAUAGAAUAACGACAGCGGCGGAAGAAGAAGGGGUGGAAAAAAAAAAAAGGAACAAACAAAAACAAAACGAAAACGGUGCAGAGGAUUACAGCUGCUGGGUGUUAAAUAAGAGUUGGAGCGACUGGAACCUGCCUCUCUCUCUCUCUCUCUCUCUCUCUCUCUCUAUCUGUCUAUCUAUUUAUCUGUCUCUCUAUCUGUCUAAUAGUCGCAGCUCACUCGAGGAAUUAUUUUCGUCCAUGCCGGAAGGAGCUCGAGCUCAAAUCGGUGCCAAAUGUCAGCACAAACCCGGACUAAAGCUCCUGCAGAGACGUCAAGAGUGUGAGCUUUCAUUCUUUAUGCAACUUUUGCGUUCAAACCUUUAAAACCAAUGAGCAAAGUGCUGCAGAUCCUUCAUCACAACAACAACAACAAUAAUAAUGGAUUGAUUUUUGGAGGGCUUCGAAAGCAAAUCAUUCUGGAUGUGAACCCUCUCCUCUUCUUUCUCAUCAAUGAUCAGCAGAAGGGAAGCGAAGGAGAUCAGCUCUAAACCAGCACUCACAGGCUAGUGGGUUGGAUUUAAAAAAAAAAAAAAAAAAAAUCCUACUUUUAUAAUAUAGUCAGGCUAUGUCCAGACCUCUUUCUCAGCUUUUACCUCCUCCAGAUAUUCCCUCUGGGGGUAGUGCACAGUUCGGCCCGGCGUCUACUGCGCCCAAUGGACACCUGGGCUCGGUGGCCAGCCUGAAGUCUCUCCUCCAGCUUCCCAUUAAAGGAGACAGCAGAGGGAAAGACUGCUGCGAGAUGAUCGAUCAAGACAAACCCCUGGACUCCGACGAGGAUUCGUUAAGUGGAAUCGGGACCGGGACCAGCGGCUCCAUGCGUGCCUCUUCGCAGACUGCUUUCUUGGGCCCGUUGCUGUGGGAACGCUCUCUACCAUGCGACGGCGGCCUGUUCCAGCGGCAGUUCAUGGACUUGGAGGAGUUCCUGACGGAGAACGGUAUGGGGCACAUGCCACUGGGGAGCACCUCUGGCGCUCAGGCCCUCAUCCCCUCGCAGGGCAUGCAAUCAGCCAUUCCAACCCAGAGCUCUUCACCGUCUCCCGGGUCCUCAUCAGCCUCGUCCAUCUCUUCGCUCUCGUCCUCGUCAUCCUCGUCCUCCCUUCUAGGACUAGACGUGCCACAGGUCCAAACUACAGGAAUGCUGGGAAGUCCCGAGUGUCUGCACGGUGGACAGGCCAUGCAGCAGGACACAUCUCCCAGCUCCUCCUGCCCACCCCCACCAGUACCUAGCAGUGGCGCCCCUGCUGCUGAUGUAAUGGUCAACUUUGACCCCGACCCUGCCGACCUGGCGUUGUCCAGCGUACCUGGUCAGGAAGCAUUCGACCCACGGAGACAUCGCUUCUCUGAGGAGGAACUCAAGCCUCAGCCCAUGAUCAAGAAGGCCCGCAAAAUGUUGGUGCCCAACGAGCAGAAGGACGAAAAGUACUGGAACCGACGUGUAAAGAACAACGAGGCGGCGAAGCGUUCACGUGACGCGCGGCGCCUCAAGGAGAACCAGAUAUCCGUCCGCGCGGCUUUCCUCGAGCGGGAGAACGCCGCCCUCCGACAGGAAGUGGCCGACAUGCGCAAAGAGCUCGGCCGCUGCCGCAACAUCAUCAACAAAUACGAGAACCGCCAUGGAGACUUAUGAAGACGACAUUAGAUGAGGAAAUAAAUGAGUAAACGAAAGAAUUAGCAUUUUACUUGUCUCUUGAAAAGGCAGUUUAAGUGCAGGGCCGUCAAACCACGUUUUCAGAAGGUUCUGCUCCUGAACAUGCACUAGAACACUUGGGAAUCAUGUUUCUUUAAACGUGUGGGAUUGCGCGUGGCUGGACCGGAUCGGUAAUCCUAGUGAAAGGGAAUGCUCACUAGGUCUAGAAGAAACACUGUUCGUGUUGAUUUAUUAUUAUUGUUAUCAGUUUUGUUGUAGUUUUUUUUUUUUUUUUGGCUGUAAUACUACGCUAAACCCUGAGCUUGUGUACAUUUUUACAAUAUCAACUCAAUAUUCAGUGUUGCUCAGACUCUA